ACAAAGAAGGCAUCAGAUAGAGAUAGAGAAAGGGCAGCUAUGGUGUUUUUUGAGUGUUUGUUUUGUUUUUGCAGCCCUUCUAGUCCUCUCCCAUUUUACUGAACCCCCCAAAACCCAAAAGGAAAGAUAGUGUAAAAGGAAAAAGAAAAAUGUUUGAUGGAGUGCCAGACCAGCUUCAUCAAUUCAUAGGAGCGUCAUCAGCAUCAGCUCGAACCACCACAACCCUCCUUCUCCCUCUCUCUUUCACUUCUUCAAAUGGUAUCACUUCCUUUGACCCUUUGUUCACUUCUUCAUCAAACUCCCAUCAUCAGCAAGUGCCCCCUCAGCUGCAUCAUCAUCAUCAGCAGCAGCAGCAGCCUCAGUUUUUGCAGUCAUUGCACCAGCAGAAGAAUAAUGAAGAGAGUACCACCAGUUUGGUAGGUAUGAACAUGGAGAUUAAUGGAAGAGAUCAGAGAUCCAUUGCUGAACCGAUUGAUAAUCUUCAUCGUCAUCAUCAUCAUCAUCAUCCUUGGUCUAAUGAUGAAGUCCUUGCACUGUUGACGGUCAGAUCUAGCAUAGAAAAUUGGUUCCCAGAAUUCACUUGGGAACAUGUCUCAAGGAAGUUGGCAGAUCUUGGGUUCAAGAGGAGUGCAGACAAAUGCAAAGAAAAAUUUGAAGAAGAAAACAGAUAUUUCAACAGCAUCAAUUGCAGCAAAAACUACAGGAUCUUUAGUGAACUUGAAGAACUUUAUCAAGCUGAGAAUCCUCCACCUCCUCCUCCUCAUCAUCAUCAUCAUAGCCAGCAACAGCAGGUGGCUGUUGUUGCAGAUGAAAACAACAAAAAUGUGGAAAAGUCAAGGGAAGAUGAGGACAAUAUGGGUCAGAAUUUGGAAGCUGAUUCAAGAAAUAUCGAUGAAUUAUAUCAAACUUCACCAGCAAACAACACUGCAAUAUCAUCAGAUCAGGAUAACAAAAAAGUGGUUGAGAACAAAGCAAACUAUGAUGAUAACAACGCUGCCGCUGCUGCCACCAACAAGAAGAGGAAAAGGGUGAAGAAACUUGAGUUGUUCAAAGGGUUUUGUGAAGAUAUUGUGAACAAGUUGAUGAUCCAACAGGAAGAGAUGCAUAAUAAGCUGAUUGAAGAUAUGGUGAAGAGAGAUGAAGAAAAAGUUGCAAGAGAAGAAGCUUGGAAGAAGCAAGAGCUGGAUAGGAUUAACCAGGAGCUUGAACUUAGAGCCAAGGAACAAGCUAUUGCUGGUGAUAGACAGGCCACCAUAAUCAAAUUCUUGAGCAAAUUUUCACAAACUGGAUCCUCUAAGAAGCAAUGUUUUGGAAGGGUUAAUGAAGAUGUUGUCAAGGUACCAAGUGAAUGUUCAAAUCCUCCUAUUGCUUCUUCAUCUCCUUUAGUGGCAGUAGCAGAAAACCCUAAUCCCAUUGUCACUGACCAAAACAAAGUUGAUCAAGUGUCUACCACUUCUCCAUCUUCCAUGAUCCUCGCCCAUCAAAACAAACAAAGCAUGCCCAUAUCCAUGACAGAAAGUCAAGCCCCUCAAAACCCUAAUCCGGAAACACCUGAUACUUCAUCAUUAGCUCCCCAAAACCCUAAUUCUGUCAGUGCUGAAAGCAACCCAUUACCGCCCACUUCACCAUUGACGGUAAAUAAAGCUCCCCAAAACCCUACGUCCAAUGAGAAAGAAGACCUUGGAAAGAGAUGGCCAAGAGAUGAAGUGUUGGCAUUGAUAAACCUGAGGUGCAGUCUUUAUAACAACGGUGACCAUGAGAAGGAAGGAACAGCCAUAAAAGCUCCUCUAUGGGAAAGAAUCUCACAAGGGAUGUUAGAAUUGGGUUACAAGAGAAGUGCAAAGAGGUGCAAAGAGAAAUGGGAAAACAUAAACAAGUACUUCAGAAAAACCAAAGAUAUCAACAAGAAGAGGUCCCUUGACUCAAGGACAUGCCCUUACUUUCAUCAAUUAAGCACUUUGUACAGCCAAGGAACACUUAUAGCACCUUCUGAUGGGCCGGAAAAUCGCUCGCCGUUGGCGGAAAACCACCCAAAAUUGCCAGAAACCGGUAAGGAUUCAUCUCAAAGGGGAGACAAGGAUUCGACUGUGCAUGUUUCGGGAGGUAAUGAGACAAACAUGGUUCAAGUACCAGGUUUUGAAUUUGAAUUCUGAAUCACAUUACAUUUUUGUGUGUACGUUAAAUUACUUUUGGUAUUACAAUCGCUAAUGACAUUAUCAAUACUACAAUAUUAGAAAUAAUAGUACUUUUUUUGGGUUGAAAAUUAAUUUUUAAUUUUCUUAGAGAAUCUAAUGUAAACUCUCAUGGAGGAUAUAUGUUUAAACUUGUACUGUAGUGAGCACCGACAAUUUGGGAAAUGACAAUUUAAUUUUUAUAA